AUGCCGGAGUGUCCCGAUUCGUUUAAUUUUACUAUACCAAUUAUCAGCUACACGAUGGAAACGGACAAUAACACUAGUAAUGCUGAGAGGCCGCUGCCAAAGAUUAAGAAGACGUCGCUAUUGACGCCGGUUAAGAUUGAAACUCCGGAUAGUGGGAGGAGGCUGUCUGAGCCAGCCAGGUAUUACAUUCCACCGCAAUGUAACAACAGGUUAUCACCUAGGAGCGCAAGGAAACGGGAUACAAGAAGAAAUUCUAAAUCAUCAGUGAUGACGGACUCGCCGUGCAAAGAGACUUUUGGAUUGAAGCCAUGUAGCUGUGAGGAUUGUCGAUCCUCAAGUCCAUUGCCCCCUGGGUAUGGCCCACAAACGUUAACACCUGGAUAUGAUCAGAUGCAAAGUUCAUUGUUGGAAGUGCCGUGGUCCGAGGAUUACACCGAAGCAUCGAGUGAUGAUCUCAGUUCUGAAUGGGAUUCCGAUGUACCAGAACCACCACGACCCACACAAAAGCAAUCAGAAAGAUGGAGGAAGCUGAGGAAUAUUGUGCAAUGGACCCCCUUUUUUCAAACCUACAAGAAGCAGAGGUACCCUUGGGUACAGCUAGCUGGUCACCAGGGGAACUUCAAAGCCGGACCAGACCAGGGAACCAUAUUAAAGAAGCUGAGCCCACAAGAAGAAAGAUGCUUUAAGUUGCUGAUGAAGGAUGUAUUGCGACCAUUCGUUCCUGGUUACAAAGGACAGGUCACAUGCGAAGACGGCGAAUUAUAUUUACAACUCCAAGAUCUCCUCAGCGACUUCGACUGUCCAUGCGUUAUGGAUUGCAAGAUUGGCGUACGGACUUAUCUGGAAGAGGAAUUAGCUAAAGCUAAGGAGAAAACUAAGUUAAGAAAAGACAUGUACGAGAAAAUGAUCCAAAUAGAUCCUAAAGCGCCAACAGAGGAAGAGCAUAGAAGCAAAGGCGUUACCAAGCCACGGUACAUGAUUUGGAGAGAGACAAUCAGUUCCACUUCGACCUUGGGCUUUAGGAUAGAAGGCGUGAAGAAGGCAGAUGGAACCAGCUCAAAAGACUUCAAGACCACAAAAACGAGAGAUCAAAUUGUCGAAGCUUUCAAAGAUUUCGCUAACACCUCCACUGCCGUGCCAAAAUAUCUCGAACGGCUGAAGGCUAUUCGGGCUACUCUAAUGGAAUCAAGCUUCUUCCAAACUCACGAACUGAUAGGCAGUUCCCUGCUCUUCGUUCACGACAAAAGAAAAGCCUCUAUUUGGAUGAUAGAUUUCGCUAAAACAGUACCUGUGCCAGAGAACAUAACCAUCGACCACAAUUCCGCUUGGAAGGUCGGUAACCAUGAAGACGGCUACCUCAUCGGCAUCAAUAACUUAAUAUCAAUAUUCGAAUCCCUUAUCAAAGACGAUAACGGUAACAUAGAUCAGUGUUAUUCGAAUUUAAGUUUAGAUAAAAACGUUAGAAGAGACAGCUUAGCCACUUGA